AUGCAACGAUAUGACACACUACCAUGUCCACUGUUUGGGUUCAGCUCCACAUUAAGGGAGAGGACGGGCCCUCAGGCGACCCUAUUAAAAAAAAUUAAACCAGCACCUGACGAUGUUUCUGACUUGAAAAAGGCCGUGAAGACAGAAUUGCAGCCAAAAAUCGACCAUGCGCCGCUUAAUGAGAUAUUUGUCCACCCACCGAGAGCUGCUGGUGUUGCUGUUGGGGAUCAUUACAAGCCAGGCAGGAAAUUGGCAGAUUUAAUUGAGGCAUUGAAGGACACAUCCGAUGAUCAUCCCUUGAUUUUGGUGGCACCUGCACCUCAUCCACAGCAGCCGGAUCACGCGUGGUUCAAGGUCUUGGGGAAAAUAUCUCGGCCAGAUGUGGCACAGGUGGCCCAGUUCAUCAACGGUAUUACAUUGUAUUUGAUGAAGAACAAUCUCCUAAAUGAUGAAGGGAGCGCCACAGAGGAACCAACUCUGACAAAGAUAUCCAGCUACCCAAUCAACCAUUCUGACAUUAUACUGCAAACACACUAUAAACCACGAGAUGGGGAGGCAGAGUCUGGAUCGCCCCUGAUUGACAUGGUUGUUGACGUUCGCUCAAGCGACAUCACCGUUGAUGUGACUUUACUCUCGAGAUUCGACCCUACAUUCCAGUUUCAACGGAUCGAGAACGAUAACUCUUUUGGAUUGGCGGACCCUGAGUCCGCCCACAUAUUUCCUAGUGCCAAAUGUAAAGGCAUAUACGAAUGGUUGGACCGACCUGAAUUCAAUCGUCUUGCUCUAAGUAGAGAUGUUCAUCUCAACUUUGAUGGAACUGGGAGAGAAAGAGGAAAGCGUCGAAAAUGCAGCAGACAUUUGCAAUGA